AUGGUCAGAAAACUCAAGCAUCACGAGCAGAAGCUGCUCAGGAAGACAGACUUCAUCACCUACAAGCAGGACAAUGGCCACCGCGACCACAAUGUCAUCCGCCGUUAUAUGAUCCAGAAGCCUGAGGACUACAACAAAUACAACAGGUUAUGCGGCUCACUGCGGCAGCUGGCCCACCGGCUCUCACUCAUGCCCCCAGAGAAUGAGGUCCGAAGGAAGCAUGAGAAGCUCCUGUUGGAGAAGGUCUACGACAUGGGCAUCCUGUCCUCCACCUCUAAGCUGAGUUCCAUCGAGCACGGCGCGACCGUUUCUGCCUUUGCACGGCGGCGCCUUCCUGUCGUCAUGACACGCCUGAGGAUGGCCGAGACCAUUCAAGCUGCUACGAAGAUGAUCGAGCAAGGCCAUGUUCGUGUUGGAACGGAGACAGUCACCGAUCCGGCAUUUCUGGUCACCCGGCAGCUCGAAGACUUCGUGACGUGGUCCGUCGGUAGCAAGAUCAAGCGCAACAUCAUGCAGUACAGAGACAAGCUGGACGACUUCGAGCUGCUAUGA